AUGGAUGGAGCGAACAUCUUCUUGGGAGAUGAAUGGAUCAAGACAAUCGACGUGCAUGACUUUAAGGGUAGCGACACCCUAGAGGUGUGGCGCCGGCCUAGAACUUCUCUCUUUUCAAUCAAUGAGCUAAGGAAUACUGUGAAACAAGAUGGAAUCACUUAUGUUGUCCAGGUAACUGGCAAUGACCCCAGUACAAACACUUUGGAUUUCCCCUGGGACAUGAGCGAUGCCAGUGUUGAGUUUGUCGGAAUGGCCCAGGGUGGUACUGUUUUCAUCAGCGGUAAUCUCUUCAUGCUUGGGCGUGUGUCGUUUAAGCACCUCGUCGUGGAUUUCACCGGAGGAUCUCUGAACGUCGACUCGAAAGCUUCCUUAAUCUUUCAGCACUGUUGGCUGCUGAGCUUUGAUCGUUGCCCCGAAAGAUACCUGGAAUUGGGUGGAGUUUGCUACUUGGUCAACCCAGUUGCAGUGCCCGCGGCUGGGGCGUCUAGCGUGUGCACCGAUGCUUUUUCCGAGGGAUACCAGCCAGACAAUUUACAACUACUCCCACAUGAAGAAGCCGUGGCGAGCAAGAUCCUAGGUGGCGAAGAACUGUGGAUGAAGCAUGACACGGCCAAUAAAUGCGAGACACUGGACGGAUGGGGUAAUCUGACCGUCUACAGCGGCGAUGACUGCAGUGGGAUCCCUAGAGGGGUCCUUUGUGCCCUCCCUGUCAAGCAAAGCAUCACUGGACGGAACUACUCGUCUUACUAUAGCAAGACCAAUUUUCCCAACUGGAAUCAGGCGGCAGGAUACCUGGCGGACCCCAACAAACUCUCGAUACAGACAGGUGCACAUAUCAAGGUCAAAAGCGAGGAUGAAGCCUCGAUUGAUGGUUGGAAAGUCACUGAUGGAACUGUCACGAUGUUCAAGGUCUUUUUUGAUGUGGUAUACGGUCUCAAAACAGAACUACAAGUUGGAGUUGACUCACUUGGUCCACACUCUGCCAGCGGGGUGUGGAACCACGGAUGGGUGUUCAGCAGUGGGUCUGAUACGCUUCCGAGCAAGAUCCACAUCAAGGCUACUGCGGGUGAUGUUUGCAUCAGCAAUGUAAAAUAUGGACUCCACAACUCCACUCACAAACAUAGCCUUGCUGGUCGAGUCCUGCUUCAGAGUUCCUCGUUUGGUAUUGACGACUGCCUUGACCAGAAUGUGUGCGAAUAUGCAUCCUCGUCCAACUGUGGUCGAAGUCUCUUGUACUAUGAUAGAGACCAAGACUGCGUUGUUAUCAGUGCCACCAAUACCACAGUGCCUACUGAUUUGUCCCUUGAUCUGUUCGCUACCGGGUGUGAUCGUGUGACCUCGUGGCGCGCUCCAGGACUUGGCGACAACAUCCGAGUGCAAAUCCAAACUUUUGGAACCAACAAUGAGCCCAUUGUCCUCUACCAUGAUGAGCUGAGCCGGCAUCACCGAUACGAGUUCGAUCCCAGAAACAAUGUUGUGGAUCUACCCCUUCACAAUUCAACAGCGAUUCCCACGGAAUGGAAGUUGGAGGGUGGCAGCGGAGAUUGGGUCACGGCCAUCAGGAUCACUCGGUAUGGCGUGACAAUGAUGGAAAUCGACUUUGCUAGUUUGUUCGGUUGCAUCAAUGUGUGUGGUUCCUUUGCCUUGGUAGUGCAUGGUCUAGACAUGGCGAAAGUUGACCGAGCCUACCUAAACUUCCUUGGAACCGAGGAAUGCGGGCAGCUGCCAGAGGUCUACACAAACAUCGACGGGGUGCAGCAAACUGGACGAGAGGCUUGCACAAGUCCUGUACUUCAGGUUGCCACUUUUUCUGAUCUAUUCUCCGUGGUCCAAGACAUUCGGCCCAAAUCGUGGGCCUAUCGAACCGCCAGAGUCAAUAUCACGGCAACUGCAAUUGACGGUGACAAUGAAGUGCUGCUCCUCCUUCGACAACGUGGUCUUGAACUACACCACGAGCGCUCGAAUGAACCUGUGUCAAUCAAAGAUAUUCGAUUCAGCAUUCAACCAAAGGCUGAAGUGAGGAUGAACAACUUUCAAUUGACAGACGGCACAUUCUUCUACACACAGAAUUUGGAAGGAAUUGGAAACGCGUUUCUAGAGCUGACCGGAUGUGAGAUUGCGGUAGCCCCUGUUUGGGUGGUGCACAACAACGGGACAGUCAUUUUCAAUGAAUGCAACUUUCCAGACGGAGAGAAGAUCUUGAACUUUGAUUGGGGAACCGUGGAUCUCAUGUACUCAACGCUUGCUGCAACCGCUCAUGUGAGCAACGCUGACUCCGGAACUAUGCGGCUGACCCGAAUGAAACUCAAAGAGGGCUUUCCCUACCCUUCAACGUUCUCUGGGAACUGGGAGUACCCAGAUGCGCAACGUCAUUAUCGUCCUGUCGACCCAACAGACCGCUUGUGCCUUGGCACGUCGAACCCAAGCGAUGUGCUCUCUGGUGUGUCCAGCUCUCAGUGUCAAGAUUACUGCGAGCUCGGGUUUCAGUGCUCCGGUUACCUUACUUAUGUUGAUGAGACGGACAAUAACGAUUACUGCGUGCUAUGUAUCUCAGAUGAUCCCUGCGAAUUUGAUUGCAGCGCCCAUUCAGGGGCUACCCACAUGCUCGCAGAAAGCAAGCUAUCGUUCGUGACUGUCACGACCGCUUGCCCAGUUCAAUCUCGGACAUACGAUUCGCCCCUUGUGGUCGAAACUCUUGAAGAGUGCAAAAUGCUGUGCUCGUUUUAUGAAACCUGCGAAGGAUUUGCCGUUGAGUUGAACACCAUAACUUAUACCUGUACCUUUCAUGCCGAGCUCGACCUCGAUGCAGGCUGCUUCAACGGUGCGAAUGGCGGGUCCACAUUCUACAUCCCCUAUAUCAAGGAAGAUACCCAAAAAUUCCUCGAAGUACACGGGACCGCAGAUGCGGCAUUACUCGCCACAGUUUCCUCUAUCGUUGGCUAUGACGAAUGUGGUGCACUUUGCCUGAAGACAAUCGAUUGCAAAGCUUUUGUUGCGAGCACGAGCACUGGCUGCUCUCUGUAUGACGACAACACCUUUAUUCCAACCGAUAGCAGCAGUUUGAACGUGUCCGUGACAUCCGUUUUCCCCAAAAACAGAUACACCACCAUCCAUACCUGUGCACUUCCUGAACCCUACGCAGCUCCUACGACUAAGACAGAAAGACUUUGCAAAGAAAGAUGCGACUCUGAUUUGUCCUGUAUGGCUUACAUCCAUGCAGCUUCGAACACCUGCGAGCUCUUUGCGAGGAGAAGCGUACAGGACAGCAUUGAUGUUGCGCCCAAUUGUGGCAACACUGUCGCGCUCCACGUCGCCUAUUCAACCGAAUCCUUUGUCUCGUCAUCAGAAUAUGACAAGGAUCUUAUCAAGGCUGAGCCGGCUGCCGCCUUGUUGAUGAACUUCAACAGCAGUCUCACAAUAGAGGGGUUGCUGAAGGAGGAAUGCAAAUCAGUUUGCUUGCAAAACAGAAGCUGCUCGGCCAUCCGCUACACCCCGAAAAAUUUCUCUUGCCAACUUGGGUGCCCCUUCCAGGAUGCCACCUUAUCCGAGACGGAUGAGUUCCUAAUGUUAGAGGCCAAGCCUGCUGAUGUCGGGUCUGGUUAUCUCCCAAUCACUGGGAUCUGCGAUUUCAGCGGAGAAACCAUUGAUGAUGUGGCUGUAGUGCAUACCGAAACAUCACGUGGCUGUGGAGUAGCCUGUGACCAAGACAGCAGCUGCACUGGGUUCGCACACUAUCCAAACUACGGUGAGGGCGUGAACAUUCAAACUCUCAUUGGUACCUGCCGCCUCCUGACGGGGGAUAUCACCUUCGAGCGUUGCAACGACCAGGAACGGACCGACUUGUACCUUCCUGCCGACGUUGCAAAUACUUGUCAGGCUCUCUGUAAUGUCCAUCGACAAUGCUCCUAUUACAAGUGGGAUAGACAAAAUGGAUGUUCUCUCUACUCGCGAGUAGCAAUCAAAGAGGCGUGUCAAGAUGCCAACGUUGGGGCUACCAUCCAUGUUGGCCUCAAGUACCUCGAUCGAGACAAAUUCGUAAAGGUAGAUGGUGAAUGUCUGGUCGAUGUUGAAGAAGAGGUUGCCUUGGAAGGCUGCUAUGCCGGUGAAGAUUACAGCGAUGCAGCACUGGGGCUACAGUCUCAAAGUCUGACAGAGUUGACCCCGUUUGCUUGUCGAGCCGCCUGCCGGAAUGGGAACAUGCCUUUCUUCGCAUUGCUGGCCGGGGUAUGCCAAUGCACCGAUGUGGACUUGACCAAGAGCACUCUUCUGACCAAGGAAAGCUACUUGAACUGCAGGGUGCCCUGUUCGGGUAACCCUAAAAAGUACUGCGGAGGUGUCGAUGCGCUUUCCGUAGGGCGAUCAAAUCUUCCAUUGGGUGGUCUCAAGCUAAGUCAAUGCAAAAGAUCUUGCCAGGGGACACGUGACUGUAUUGCCAUCGUCUUUGACGACACUCUCGUCACAAGUACAUGUGAAUUGCAUGCUUCAGCAGCCUUCGAGUCUUGUUCCUCUGCACAAACGAGCACUCUGUACAUCGAGAGUAUCGAACACACCUUUCAAAAGGCAAGUGCCCCGUUCUUAGGAGACACAGUGUUGUACACGACAACAGCCUCUUCAUCAGGGUGCCAACGGGUUUGCGACGCAUUUGAUGGUUGCCAUGCCAUCUUUGUGAAGAGUGCCGGCACCAUUGACAACUGUGAGAUAAGAGGUGGAGCUGCAGUACUCGAUUGGGACUCAUCUGCAUGGGAUGGAGGCAGCGUGCUUGUGGCGAACGAUUUGGCACUUUUUACCCAGGCCAAUGACUUGCCCCUACCAAGUGGAGACUCAUUGGCCACUUUCUCGGAUGUAUUCGAUUUGGAUGAAUGCAAAUCCUUGUGCCAUCACAGAGAGGCUUGCGAUUCGUUGUUUUUUCAGAACCAAAUAUGCAACUUGUAUUCAGCCGCUUCCUCUCCCAAUGUUUCAAUAUCCACGACGUCGAAUCAAGUACAGCAACCAUACUACGUCAACUACGAAACAUUCUUUGCAGCCAAACGAAACUUCGCCAUGGUCGACGGCUUUUGUGUGCUUGGGACAGCUGUGGUCGAUCUACCCUUGCUUGGGUUGGCCGGUCAGUGCGCCACCGAAUGCGCAACGUUGACAGGAUGUCAGCUCUUCACGUUCAGCCAAUCGUCGGGCUGCUCUUUAUACGAUGACUCUGCAAGCCUUUACGACUGUUCGUCAACAAGUAUACAGGCAUUCGUACUCUAUACGCCUGGCAAGUUCACCAAGCGACAAAACGGGUUCCUCGUCGAUGAGAGCAGCAUCGCGAGCAAGACCUAUGGAAGCAUCUCCCUACCAGAAUGUGCUUCACUUUGUGAUAGGCACUAUGAUUGCCUAUCUUACAGGUUUGACGAGACCACUUUUGGCUGCUUGUUGCUCGCAUCGGACCAGUUCUACAAAGACGUCACACAGACAAGCCAAACUGGGGAGUUGUUCACGUACUUUAGCGAGUUUGCAUACGUAAGCAUGCCACCGGGUUUCUGUGUGAGCACAACAGCGGAGCAGACCGUCACGGGCAUGCAUUUAGAGGCUUGUAAGAAGAUCUGCGACCUUAUGGACGACGUGUGUGUCAGCUUUGAGUAUGCGGAAGCCGAUGGGACCUGUUAUUUCUUCAGUUCAAGCUCCUUCUCUGAUCAAUGUUCAACCACUAACGGCAGGACUUUGUACCUGAGUUACGAAUAUUUGGACAAUCGUGGGGACAUUGUCUACCUUUAUGAAUCUCUUUUCAAUUGUUUCGACAACGCAACGUCCAAUUCCACCAAUGCCUUUACAAUCGAGCAAUGUCAGGAAGAUUGCAGCAUUACAGAGGAGUGUUUCGCUGCCCAGUACGAUGAGACGUUCGAUCCUGCAUGUAAUCUGUUCCUUGGCAUCGACCUCCCGAUUCAGGUGGAGUGUGAGAAUACGACAAGAACCUACCUGCGAGUGGAAGCAGACCCGUACAAACUGAUGAACCAUACUUGCCUUCGCAACCACAUUGCUUUCGGGACCCGCUUGUAUAACUUGGAGGAAAUUGAGUGCCAAGCGCUGUGCGACGCCGAGCCAAACUGCCGCUACUUUCUCCAUGGCAAAGAUACCGGAUCGUCUGACUUUCUUCCAAGAGAAUGUGUCUUGUUCGAAGCUCAACAUGAGGAACUCGAUGAUUGCGAUGACACCAACUAUGCGUAUCCUCAGUAUCGAGACAAGCCCGCAGUUGUCAACGGAAGGACACGACUCUUGUUUUGCCUUCCAGCACACUUGGAACUAUCGCAAGUAUUCCGCAGCAACAACAGAGCGCCUCUCUUCACAAAGGAAAGGAUUCUGGCUGGCAACUUCGAGGACGGGGAUGUGGGUUACUAUUUGCAGCCUGGGAUGAAUUACGAGACAUUGGAGUUUGCGCGUGCCGAUGAUGACCGGGCUGUCAGAAGACAGUCAAUGGCGUUUGACGAUGGCCACAUUGAGUUCACAGCCAAUGCUGGGUAUUGUGUUGCUGGCGGCUCUUUCACAGCUGUCAGUGGUGAUGACUUGGAGGACGUUCGGAACGCGAUCGGGAAUCAAAAUGCACUUCCUUCGUGUCAAAAGCUUGGGUUCGCCCCUUGUUCAGAUUCUACAGUUAUUACAUUCUUAGAGGAUGUUGCAGCCAAUGACAGAUUGAGGCUGAAAUAUUCUGAGCCCAACGGGGGUGGCGAAAACGGAUGCUUGAGAGCCUUGCGUCCUCCCCACAAGAUCGGAGAUGACGACUUCACCUUCACAACCACCCCAGAGAACAGAGCAGUUCCGAGUUUUCUCAGCUCAAUCUUGGAGCAGUAUGCGCCAACCGAUCCCGGGUCAAAUUGUUACAGAAACGAUGACGCUGAGGUAAUUUCAAGGUCCUACAGCGAUGGCUGUGGGUUUGACGACUCAACAGAAUUCAAGAGCGAGUAUUUCAACCUUGUGUCGAAUCCGGUCACGUUGCAACAUCGCGAUACCGGCGACUGCCUAAAUCUUGACAUGCGGAUGGCCGAGUGUCGGCGUGUGGACAAAGGAUGGGGUACCAGGUGGGUGUACGCCUUCCCAGCAGGCGGCGUCUCCACAGGUGGUGAGGUUUACUUCGAGACCAAGCUCGGAGUUCAAUUCUGUCUCACUCGACCACCACUUGGUACUACCGGUAGCUUGGAUGCAGUGAGAUGUGACAGCACAGACGAAAGCCUGUCUGCCAGACAACGUUGGAUAUACAACAGCGCUGCAGGUACAUUGGAAGAUCCUUCCAAUCCUUCCGGGGGUUGUCUUGCAUACGUUGAAGGAAAUGGCAACCCCACUCUUGAAGAUUGUGGCUCAACUGGAGCCCAGUGGGUUCAGUAUACCAAGUGUCAUCUGAACACAUAUGAGAGAUCUGAACAAAUGAAGUUGCAGGCCAUUGAAGGUGGCCAAUGCCUCAGUGCCAACGGCAACAACCUCGUGGCGUGUAAUGGUGCAAGUGUUGGCUCUUACCAGUUCUUCUACCGUCCAACGAAUGAGAGUCGAAUGGAGUUGGCUGACAGUGACCAGUGUUGGGGCAAAGUACCAGACGAGGACAUUGACAGUCUGGUAUACUUUCCCACGGGCUUGCUUCCAUGUGAUCAAGAUGACGAUGAAGAUGCACGCGUGAACUGGCUGAUGACCUGGGGUGACGAGGACUUCAAUGUCCUCCAGUGGCAACACGCGAACGGCACUGUCUACUGCUACGAUGUAGGCCAGGAGGAGCAGAGAGAAUGUAGUUCUGAUCUCAGUACUGAGAGACACUGGCGGGAGUACUCCUCCGACACAUACCCCGACUACGCAAUGAUCUCCGUUCGCCCUGGCGCACUCGUUCAGGAGUUCGACGCAGAGCUUCAGUAUCAGUUCUUUCUAUAUUCUCCGCAGGGAUAUCAGGCACGACUCCUACUCGCCCGCUUCGCGCAACUGGAGGAAGCUGUUGAGUUGCUGUUACCUAUUAUUUCGCAGACAAAAGAAUUGGUACAGGACUGCCUUGAUCUCACCGCCACGGUUACUGAGCCUAUUGAGGAGGUCGAAGGCCACCUGGACGAAGGAGAGAGCUUCUUUUCGAUGGUUGCAACAGUCCUCAUGCCUUUGGAACAGAUCCCACACAUUGGGCCAGUGCUACAGAAUCUCCGGUUGCGAACUAUAAGCACUCAGAUUAAGAAUGCUUGCGAAAGAGGAAACGAAGCACUUUCGUCACUGACAGAUGCGGUCGACCGAAUAGUUGGCCCGAUCGAAAAAUUUGGAGGUGCCCUGGAUACCCUGGAGGAAAAGCUUCAAUCUACGAUGUCUGUCUUGGACAUGGUAGUGGAGUAUCUCACUCGCACUUCCUACUGCACGCACGAAGCUGGCGAAGAAGAAGAAUACGAACAAUUGCAAGAGUGGAUAUCUACAAUUUUGGACGCGAUCAAUGGCGCCAAUGCUUUUGCUUCGGAACUUGAGGACCUGGUGAACAAGUUGAAUGACUUUCCAAGUUUGAUGGAUGCGAAUAUCUUUGGUGCCUUCAGAGGGUUCAAUAGCGUUCUCACCGAGCUCAGUAGGGUGGUCAACGCAUUGUCUUUCAUCGAGACUAUUGGGUCUUUCACAAUUGAUGUUCCUACUCCCAGGUUUCGGUGGGUUUUGUUCAGAGUCAACUACGGAAGCGUGGGCCUAUCGCUUCAGGGAGUGGGAAACCUCCUCAACAGAGUCCAGCGUUCUCUGAGGAACGUUCCCGGUGUUGGGGCAGCAUGGCGCUGGCUGGAAAACCGAGUGGGCAACAUUGUUGAGUCAGUUUUUGACGUGAUUGGGAUAGACCUGCCCGAUUUUGGAAUCGACUUCGACUUCUUGUCGGAGAUUGAAGAGGAUGUAGAGGAGGCGAUUGAACGGCUCGCUGACGGUAUCACGUCAAGGUUGCAAAUUGACGACUUCGAUGAUAUGAUCGCCGAAAAGAUGUUUGAUGUCAUCGAAGCUAUCAACACUUCUUUGCCAACUGAACUCCUGCCAGUUCUGACGGACUUCGAAUGUGAUAUCGACGAUGCUCCUUGCAUGCUUGAUGGGUUGAAUAUCAGCAUAGACUACGACGACGACAUUGCCCUUCCAAACAUGAUCUUCAACGGCGUGAACUAUUCAAUGCCCGAACUGCAGCUCGAGUGGCUCGAGGAAUUCUGGAGUGCAAUAGACGAUUUGGAAGACGCCUUCACAGAGUUCUUCGAUUCACCUAUAGAGUGCAACGGUUACACUGACUUGUCAGUCGACUUUGCUGGCAUAGUGGAGUCAGCUCUCAACACCAGUUUCGACGGUUUGACCAUCCCAACCUGUGAAGUCAACUUCAAGAUUUGCUCUGCCCUCAAUGUGGAUGAGGGGCUGGGACAACUGCGAAGCAGAAUAUCAGCGCUGACAAAUGGAUUCUUGACUUCAAAUAAUCGCCGUCUCGGUGGCUCUUGUAAUGAGUCCGAUGAAUGGGGCGUAUCCAUCCCAGUGCCAACUCCAGCCAAGUAUUUAUUCACUGUCUUCAAAACAAUCUUGCCGAUUGAGAAAAACCGUUUCUUUUCAGAAAAUGGAGGCAAGGGAUGGAACUUGUAUUGGAGGAAAUUUCUGGGGAUGGAACCAUUUUCGACUCAGAAGUUCCCUUGGGACUUUGCCAAGAUGGACCCCAGUCUCCGACUCGCGAUUGGUUGCUCUGGCGGACAAUUCCGCGCAAAGCUGUUGAUAGGCCCCCUCUUCAGCCUGCAAUUCGGUCCAUUCAAUUUCGGAGAUCGUGGCGUCUUCGAUUGGCACAAAACAGACUACUUUGGCAAAGCAUCCGAGUCGGCACUGUCGAAUUUUAAUAGUCACGCUCAGCAACGCUACAAGCUGCGUCUGAAAGAGUUUGCCUGCAAGGUUGACUUUGUCUGGUCAACGUACGGUGCUGUGAAGCACUACACGGAUAGUGAAGAGAUCAACGACGACUCCAGCCCUCAGGAAAGACAGCGCUUUGAAGAGGCUUGGUGGUCUUUUGAGAAUGCAGUAACUUCGUCUCAACUUGAACAAGUUCAGGAAGCCACCAACAGAGAUGUUCUGGAGUACUACCUUGGAAGCUCGCCAGGCAUUGAUGCUUCGGUGGUUGAAUACGAAAACAUGAAGGUUAUCAUUGAGGGCUUGAUCGCCAGGGCAGUCACAGUCCGCUCAUCAUUCGCCGAUGUUUUCGACACGGAUUUGGGGAAGUCUCAACACUACUUUCGCGAGAGGUUCCCUGACCUGGAAUGCGCUGGUCCGCAAGGUCUCUUUUCGAGCUUCAAAGACGCAGUAAAAGAAAUGGCAAAAGAGACAGUCAAGGGCGUCGAGGCACAAUUCUUCAGCUUUGAAUCUCAGGUGGCUCCAAGCAUGAGUUUCGGCAUAGCCCGAGAAACAUUGGACUUUCGUUUGCGCGACAACAGUUCUGACGUACCCGUUGAGACGGUCAACCCAGUGACCUACUUCACGAACCCUCCGGACCUCGAUUUGACCUUUUCUAAUUUGCUGCCGUUGGCCAAGUUGUUCUUUCUGAAGGAGAAAGUCACUGAACGGCAUAAGUGCAACAGCCUGAAAUGUGAUGAAGAGAGCUGCCCAACAUACAACUCUAUUGAUGAGAGACUGGGCUCUCCACCAACCGAAGAGGAAAAACUGAUAUGCCCGAUUGCGAAGAGGUACAGCCCGUUUUUCCACAUCAGCUUUAUCACUCUCAAUUUUGAUCUGCUGAACGACGAAAACUCUUGUGAAGUGGAAGAGGCUGCCGGUUGCAAGUGUUAUGGAAAGAUGUGUGUCUUCCAACCUGGACUUCAGUAUGUAUAA